AUGACAAUGACAUCUACCUCAUUAUCAGGUAGACGUCCUCCUUUACAGGAUGCCUCAGCUUUGGAAAUUGCUUAUAGUACCAUUUCCCCAAAGGUUGAACAACCACAAUAUCCCAUGCACAUUAAACUGAACCUUAUUGAUCAAAAUCCAUUGACUUCGAAUCUUUCCAUCAAUGGUGAGUCAACAUCAUGUGAAAGUCCAUACCCCAUGACUCCUAUGACCCCUGGUGGAUAUUCAUCCAGUGGUGGCGAUCUGAGCAAGAAACAACGACACAAUUUGCGUGAGCAACGACGUAUUCUGCGCAUCAGUAACCAGUUUGAUAUUCUUCGUAAUAAGCUCGAGGCAGCAGGAUAUUCUUCUUCUAAAAAGGACAAGUAUAGUGUACUUCAAGCUACACUCGAGUACAUUUACAACCUUGAACGUAACCAGAUUGGCGGUGUGGCGCUCCAUCCACAGAUGCAACACCAGAUGCAGCACUCAUCACCUCAUCCGAACAGUGUCCCGCGUCAUCUUCCAUCUCCAUGCAGCGAUUCAGGUGGUCGCUUGUCCAUAACGGCGCCGUCACCUAGCCACGUUGACAGCAAAGGCCAUGCCUUCAUGAUCGACAGCAUGCCAUCUCCAGUACCAGCAUUGUCCAUACCAGGGAUGCAGCAUCAAACUUCGUACCCACUGGAUAUGGACAAUGUAUAUGGUGGUGCUGCCAACGGUGCUUCAAAUGCGAAUGUUAACGAGAUUGAGGGUUCGUCAGCGUCUUAUCGUGACGUGUUCGGCAAUAGUAGUAUGCCCAGUCUAUUAGCGAAACUAGACGGUACCAUUGUCGAGGCGAAUGCGCUGUUUCUGGAGCUAUGCUGUAAGAACAUCGACGAGCUGCGUCUACACAGCCUGUAUACAAUGUGCACGGCCAUGGAUGCACCCAAAAUGUAUACUCUCGUGAGCAAGAUCCUCUCAUGCGAGAUGGCGUCUGCGCAGAGCAAAAUGAUGUGGCAUUUCUCCAGCACUGGCGACAGGAAGGUGUUUGUGUCAGUGUCAAUGAUUCAUGAUAGUAUGCACCGCCCUGCGAAUCUGCACUGCAGCCUUCUGCCGUUGUCAUGA